CAGAGAUGCUUCAGAAGGUUUUAAGAGAGAUAAAGAAGAACUGAAUCUACAAAUAACAGAGAAGAUGAUUGAAUACAAGAGAAGAAUGAAGCUCAUCUUGACUUUCAUACUGCUGAUGAUUCCUGGUGCUCUGAGCUUCAGUGUGACGGGAUAUUCAGGGGGCAAAGUCACCAUCACAUGCAAAUAUGACAAAAAAUACACAAAAAAUGAAAAGUAUUUCUGUAAAGAUAAGGAGCCUUCUGUUAUAAAUACUGAAUGGUGUUCUGAUCUCAUCAAGACUGAUAUUAAAGAUAAAUGGUAUCAUGAUGGAAGAUUCUCUCUGUAUGACAACACAACAGCAUCAGUCUUCACUGUCACCAUCACUGAUCUGAAUAUAAAUGAUUCAGACACAUACCAGUGUGCAGUUGAUAAAGCACUGAUAGAUGUCUACACAGAAGUGAAGCUGACUGUUAAAGAAGAUCAAUGUUGUGAGAAGAUCAUCAGACUGCCAGCUACUUCAGGUGAAUCUGUGAACAUCAGCUGUAAAUAUCCACAAUCUCACAGCAGUGAUGUGAAGUUUUUCUGCAGGAGAUCUGGAGCUGAUAUAUGUGCUCAUGAGACAUCUGUGAAAGAAAGCAAAAGAUGGACAACAGACAGAGAGUUUCUCCUAUAUGAUAACAGAGAUCAGAAUCUUCUCUAUGUCACCAUCACUAAUGUGACUGAUCACGGAUCAGCUGAAUACUGGUGUGGAGUUCAGAGUCAGACUGAUGUGAAGAUCUUCAUUACACGAGUCCAGCUCAUAGUUAAUGGAGCAAGUAAAUACAAAACAUCAACACCACCAUCACUAACAUCACUAUCAUCCUUAUCAUCAUCAUUCUCACCUUCUGCCUACAUAUCAUCUGCACUGGUAACACCAUUACUGACACGUACAUCUCAUGUGAUACCAUCAGGUACAUUUAAGUACAAUCUUUGUUAUUUGACAUUCAGUUUUGUUCAGAAACACUAAGUUGUACUGUAUGUCAGUUUCUAUUAUUUUUACUUCCAGACGCUUUGUUCAUCAGUUUGUCUGUGGUUCUGGUUCUGAUUAUUGGACUUCUGCUGCUGAUGCUGAUUCUGUGUAAGAGACAUAAGAGAUCAGUUUCAGAUUCUGCAAUCAAAGGAUCAACAGACCAAGACAGCAGACCAGAAAACUAUAACCAGGUUUCUCGACCAUCUUGUGAUUACACAGAGAUCAAAGACAUCAUAGGAGAUGAUAUCUACAGUACUGCAGAAUUACCAACAAGCAUAUAUGAUGCUCCUAACAGUAUUUAUUCUGCAGCACAAUUACCCACAAUCCCCUCUGGUGCUUCUAACACUGUUUAUGCUGAAGUUAAAAAAAACACACGUGACAAUUAACACUGCUUCACAUUAGAGGAUCUGAAAUUAUUCUGUGGUGAUCUUUAGUUACAAACCUGAUGGUUCUGAUCCUAACAGACUGAAAUAUAAUUAGGAUUAUUCUAAAUAUUCUGAGAAACCACAUAUGAUAACAGUUGUUUAAUAUAAUUAUUAGUUUUGAAUGACAGACAGUGAAUGGUGUGUCAGUAAGAAUGUGUAUAGAAGUUACUGGAUUUGAAAAAAAUUAAAUAAAGACAAAACAUAAUGCUGUUGUAUUAUUGUAACAGUAUAUUAUUAUGUACAGUACAAUAUCCUCCUGUUUACAGUUUAAGUAUUUAAGUGUUAUUAUUGUAACAUAUUGCAAGUUGUUUAUUUUUCAUUGGCUUUAGUUAUAAAAUAUAGGUUUGAACCAUUACCCUAAAUUGU